CCUUGCCCGGUAACCAUCCAUGGCCACUGCUCCCUUGGCCUCUCGCUCCCUCUUGGCCCCGGCCCAGCAAUCCCAUCCACGGCUGCCCGCCUCCCUCCGCCUCGACCUCUCCUACCACAAGCAACCUUCCGCCAACCCGAAGCGCCGCCGACACCAUGCCCCGUUGCAUCCGGCCUUCUCUGCAGUCGCGCGGGGCCGUGCCAAGAAGAUCCUCAUACCGGACACCGAUGAGCCGGCCGCCGGAGUCCGCGUCACAGAUCGCGGCCUGUCUUAUCACCUCGACGGCGCUCCAUUCGAGUUCCAGUAUAGUUACACUGAGGCCCCACGCGCAAGGCCCGUUGCACUUCGUGAGGCCCCGUUCCUGCCGUUCGGGCCCGAGGCCACGCCACGCCCUUGGACGGGGAGGAAGCCGCUGCCAAAGAGCCGCAAGGAGCUGCCAGAGUUUGACUCGUUCGUGCUGCCUCCACCUGGCAAGAAGGGGGUGAAGCCCGUGCAGUCACCGGGGCCGUUCCUCGCCGGGAUGGAGCCGAGGUACCAAGCGGCAUCCGGAGAGGAGGUGCUCGGGGAGCCCCUCACCAAGGAAGAGGUUGCCGAACUCGUGAAAGGGAGCCUCAAGACCAAGCGACAGCUCAAUAUGGGUAGGGAUGGUUUGACCCACAAUAUGCUGGAGAACAUUCAUUCACAUUGGAAGAGGAAGAGAGUUUGCAAGAUAAAAUGCAAAGGUGUCUGCACAGUGGAUAUGGAUAAUGUCUGCCGCCAGCUAGAGGAAAAAGUUGGAGGAAAAGUAAUACACCGCCAAGGGGGUGUCAUAUUUCUUUUUCGUGGUAGAAACUACAAUUACAGGACUCGUCCAUGUUUUCCGCUUAUGCUCUGGAAACCUGUUGCACCAGUGUACCCUCGCCUUGUUAAGAAGGUCCCAGAUGGCUUAACUCCAGAUGAGGCCACAGAAAUGCGCACGAGAGGACGUCAAUUACCACCAAUUUGCAGACUUGGGAAAAAUGGUGUUUACAUUAACCUUGUGAAGCAAGUUAGAGAAGCAUUUGAAGCAUGUGAUCUUGUCCGUAUUGAUUGCUCUGAUCUUAACAAAAGUGAUUGCAGAAAAAUUGGAGCUAAACUUAAGGAUCUAGUUCCCUGUAUCUUACUGUCUUUUGAGUUUGAGCAUAUACUGAUGUGGAGAGGAAGUGAUUGGAAAUCAGCUCUUCCUCCAUUAGAAGAAAAUAAUUUUGAAGUUACAAAGGCGCAAGAAUGUUUUAUUAUCAAAGAACUUAAUGAAAAGGAUAGACGUUCAAGAACUGUUCUGACCCAGAUUGAGUUGGCGGGUAUUGCAACAUCUCAGAAGAACUGCAACUUGGGUGAAGGUGAAGAAAAAUUGAAAGAUACCAUGAAACCUAAUCAUGGCAGUGAUAUGGUGCUGAGUUCUGCAAUGGAAGUCCCUGGAUUGUUUCAUUCUACAGGUAUACCUGUAACUGAACCCUCAGCAGAAGCUCCGACAGAAUGUUCACCAUUAAAUCCAGUAUGUGAUUUUAUGGAUCCAUCCCUGAAGUCAACAUUGAAUUGCCAAAGUGUCCCGUCAGACAAGAGUGAAAAUAGAGGUCUGGUUGAGAAGUCUCUUGAUCAUUCUGCAAGAUCUGAACACUGUCAAGAUUUGGAACCACACGCUGGCGUAACAAGCAUAAGUCAUGAUCUGGAGACUCAGAGGAAUUGUAGGUCCAAAGUGCCUUCCUAUAUGGUGGGAGUGUUGAGUCUUUUGGAACAGGCCAUUGACAGUGGCAGGGCACUUGUUCUAAGUGAAGAUGAGUUAGUUAAUUCAGAUCUAGUCUAUCAAAAGUGUGUUGCAUUCACAAAGUCAAUUCCGCGGGGACAGGUUUCCAAGUAUACUCAAAGUAAGUCCAGUGCCAGGAGAAAUGGGCCAGACAAGCAUAUAAGAACUAAAAAGCAUCUUGUAGAAAAUAAACUAUCCAGCAGCCAUGUUGAGAAUAAAGAUAAUGCCAAUGGAGGAUUGGCAGUGCAGAAAAAUGGCCAUGAACAAGAGUUUCUAUCGGAUGUGGUUCCACAAGGUACCUUAAGAGUAGAUGAACUAGCAAAGUUACUAGCUUAGAGGUCAUUGUUCUUUUACCAGCCAUAAAGACUGGUACUACUAAGACAUCCUUAGUUUCACGUGCAAAAAAUGCAUGUACUGGUUGGUUGAAAACAGGUCUGCUGUGUCACGGUGAUGCUAUUUUAACCUGUGCGACACAAACCACAUUAAGAAUAUGUUUUCGGUCUGAUUUUAAACCGCAA